GACAAAGAUCUUUAUAUGGCUCAUGUCUGACAACAUGCACCACCAGUGGCUGCUGCUAGCUGCAUGCUUUUGGGUGAUAUUCAUGUUCAUGGUUGCUAGCAAGUUUAUCACAUUGACUUUUAAGGACCCAGAUGGCUAUGGUGCCAAGCAAGAGCCAUUAAUACUGACAGCUGUGACAAAAGUGGAGGAGGUGCGUGGGCCAGAGGAAAAACACUGGCCUGAGGAUUUCCAGUCACCUGGAAAAGCUUUUUCUGGAAAUCUGAUACGCCAACACCUGGUUCAUAUGGAAAGACUUGAGCUUCUCAGGAAUGUCUGCAGAGACACCGCAUUGAGAAAUCUCUCUCACACUGCUGUAUCCAAGUUCGUCCUGGAUCGGAUAUUUGUGUGUGACAARCACAAGAUCCUGUUCUGUCAGACGCCAAAAGUGGGCAACACUCAGUGGAAAAAAGUCUUGAUUGUUUUAAAUGGGGCGUUUUCUUCCAUAGAAGAGAUCCCGGAAAACAUUGUCCAUGACCACGAGAAGAAUGGCCUGCCGCGCUUGUCCUCCUUCACUGAUGCUGAAAUUAAGAAACGACUGAAUUUGUACUUCAAGUUUUUUAUUGUUAGAGAUCCGUUUGAAAGACUUAUUUCUGCAUUUAAGGACAAGUUCGUGCACAAUCCUCGAUUCGAGCCUUGGUACCGGCACGAAAUUGCCCCGGGCAUCAUUCGCAAGUACCGAAAGAACCGCACGGAGACCAGAGGGCUGCAGUUCGAGGACUUUGUGCGCUACCUGGGCGACCCAAACCACCGGUGGCUGGAUGUUCAGUUUGGCGACCACAUCAUUCACUGGGUAACGUACGUGGAACUGUGCGCCCCCUGCGAAAUCCCCUACAGCGUCAUUGGACACCACGAAACCCUGGAGGAUGAUGCUCCGUAUAUCCUGAAAGCGGCCGGCAUCGACCAUCUGGUGUCGUACCCCACGAUUCCGCCGGGGAUCACGGUGUACAACAAGACAAAAGUAGAGCGCUAUUUUUCAGGAAUCAGCAAGAGGGACAUAAGACGCCUCUACGCUCGCUUUGAAGGUGAUUUUAAACUCUUUGGCUAUCGGGAGCCAGAUUUCUUGUUAAACUGAGGCCUAGGAUAAGCUCUGGAGACGUGUCUGAUGGAUUAAGCUAAACCCACGUGAAUACCAGCUGCAACACUGACAGAGCUAAGAAUGCCCGUUUGUUUUCUAGCUUUCUGAUGUUGCUCCACUUUCCAGUGAAAUAUUUGUCAUAUGAACAAUUAGGGGCUUAUAGUUGUUGUUUACUGAGCAUAUUUUCAACGUGUGGCAUUGAAAUCUGUUAAGAGCAAAAUCUGUUAUCUAAAAUACAGGAUUUUACUUACUCUCUCUUCCCUCUAGAAAACCGAAAGCAACAACAAAAAGCCUUAUAAAGGUGGCAGUUCCACCGUAGGUUAACUCUGCCAUUUGGGUGAACUUACAAUUCAUGCUCAUGGGAAAGCCAUGUGGAGUUGCCCAUGAGCUAUGAAAAUUAGAGGCAAAUGCAGGACUAAAAAAAAAUGAUUAAAUGCCUGACAAAAUCAUCAGGUUCUGGCAUGUGGCUGCUCUAWUAAUAGUAAUGAAGAUCUAAUCCCAUUUUUUGUUUGUCAGAAAAUGAAUCUAAUUAGGAAAAAACUUUCGCAAUGUCCAAAAAAUGGGGCUGGUCCCUGAGCCCAGUUGUCUUUGUAUUGCUGUCAGGUGUUUACUUCACUUACUUCCUGGCCUGUUUUUAAAAAUAUUAUUUAACUUCUGGCUACAGAAGCUAUCUGAGAACAUCAGAUACAAAUGACGCGCAGAAGAAAUAUAAAGCUCCUAGGGCUUCCUUUUUUUAAGGAAAGUUUAUUUAAAAAGAAAGUUAAUUUAAAAACACAUCAAAGAUGCUAAGUAUGAAACAUUUUAACUUGUUUUAUCUUCUAACAGUUAAAUAAGCCACAAAAGCAGGAUGCCGUGUUAAGAGAGCUGCUGGAGUUAAUUUGGGGUAAUACUCC